CGCAGUGUGUCGCAGUUAUGGACUCUGGUGAACUGAGGUAUAUAUGUAUUUUGUGUGGACGGGUAACUUCGUGUUUGCCUAUAAAAAAAAGUAUUAUGAUAGAACGAACAGCAAUACUUAAGAACGAUUGUCUUAAAAAUAUGUGAAUAAAUAUAUUUCCGUUGAAUAAGGAUUAGUUUUUGCUCUCUAAGGGUUGUAUAUAGAUUGAAAUUUGAGGGUUAUAUUUAUACCAGAAUGAUCACGUGUGCUUUCUAACCUAUAUUAUACUGAUACAGUAAAUGGUGAAAUUUCGCGUUUUUAAUGUUUUUAAUUACCUUGAGAUUUAUUUAAAUGGCGAUUUUCAACAAGGUCUUAUGUUUACGUCAAUUACAAUAUUUAUACAUAAAUGUUAGAAGGUUGUCUAACUACAACAAACAAGCCAAUUAUCGAUUGUAUGAUGAUUUGAAAGCCAAAUUUUCAGAUAUACUAAUAAAACCCAAUAAUAUAUCAAAUGAAACCUGGGAAAGUAUAAGAAAAUAUGGAGUGGAAUUAACUAGUCGUAAUGCAGAGAUUGUUGAUUCUAUGAUUUUACAAAUAUUUAUAACAGAAAAAUGUCCAGACGCAGGAUUGAAUUAUUAUAAAUUUCUAAAAACCAAUAAUUAUAAUUGUUCUACUACUGUUGUGAAACAUUAUUUGUUAUUAUAUCAAUUAAAGGAAACACUUACAGAUGCAGAGAAAGCACAUAUUUUAAACCUUUGCAAGGAAAUUAAAGAGCAGCAUAAACAUCUACCUUCAUUUAUAGCUGAAAUUAUUACUCAAAGCUUAUGUCAAAUAGACAAAUGGGAGGAAGCCAUUGAAACUAUAGAACAAUUUGAAAAACAUGAUUCAACAUUAAUGAAAUCUGCGUAUCAUACAGUGAUUGAAUAUUUAUUAAAAAAUAAUAAACCAAAGCUAGGAUGCAAAUAUAUGUUUAUUUAUUUACAAAAAGGCGUGCGCUUUGAUGAUAAUGUAUACAGUCUUUAUUUAAAAUAUUGUUUACAAGAAAAAGAUACAUUUAAUAACAGAAUUGAGAAAUUAUUUUCAUACUGGAGGAAAUAUGGUGCUAUACCAACUAAAGAAACUAUAGAUGAAUGCAUAAAAGCUUGUAAUGAAGCUGGUUGGUCAGCACAAAUAGUAACUGUAUCAAACUUACAAUGUAGUGCAUGUCAUGAGAUGCUAGAGGAAACACAGUUGUCUGAAAAUGAGAUCAAACGUUUGUUUGAAGCAGUAAAAAGUAAUGUAAUUACUGAUAAUGCAUUUAAGGUAUCUGACCCACAAGAAUUGAAAAAGUUUGAAGAAUUUAUGAUGCAUAACAAACCAUAUGACUUUGUUAUUGAUGGAUUAAAUUCUGUGAAAAUUAUCAAUAGUACGAACGACUUCGAGAGAAUGAUUAGAAAGUUAAAAAAUAAGGGCAAGAGAAUUCUUGUCAUUGGAAGAUAUCAUCUAAAGAGAUCAAGAAAAAUAGUAAAUAUGAAAAAUGAUGCAGAUUUUUUCUUUGUGAAUGACAUGUCAAAGGAUGAUGCAUUUAUAUUAUAUGCAGCACUUUUAAGUGGAAAGACUAAUGUUAUCUCUAAGGAUUUGAUGCAUCAACAUAAAUUUACCUUUCAUAACAUUGAAUUAACCAUUCUGUUUAAAAGGUGGCAAUUGAGACAUCAGUACUUUCUUGAUGUAAAAUCAAAAAAUUUAAUGCAACUAAGAUUAAUACAUCCUAUGAGCGAAUUUGCUCUAAAGAUAAACAAUUGUUGGCAUAUUCCAUAUAGUAAUUAUUCACCUCAUUAUUUAACCAAAUAUUGCACAGUUGAUUGGGCUUGUUUUAAAAUGCCCACUUAGUACGAGUUUGUAUUUUUAUAAUUCUUAUAAAUAAAUUUAUUAUUAAAUGACUUAUGACUUGAAAACGAUCACAGGGAAAGCAGAAAUUCUUACCAUCUUAAUUUUGACGAUAUUAAUAAUAAAACUGACUUAGAAAAAGAA